AUGCCGGCGUCAGCAACCAGAGAGAAGCGACCAGCACCUCCGCAGCCAAAGAAGAGGAUAAUUAUCUGCUGCGACGGCACCUGGCAAAGCUCUGCCCAUGGAACGCAGACCAUUCCAUCAAAUGUGGCAAAGAUGAGCCGCUCUAUUGCCUCUUGGUACGUGGAUGAGAAUGGCCUGAAGGCCCCGCAGCUUGUAUACUACGAUGCCGGUGUUGGCACUGCCAUGGGUUGGCUUGAAGCAAAGUGGACGGGAGCGUUCGGUGGCGGUCUUGACGAGAAUGUCUGCGAGGCAUACAACUUCCUCGUGAACAAUUACAGCCCUGGAGACGAAUUGUUCUUCUUCGGAUUCUCCCGCGGCGCUUACACUGUCCGGGCUUGUGCUGGGCUUGUGUGUCGGGCUGGUAUCUGCAAACCGAGGGCCAUGGGACAGUUCUGGGAGAUGUAUGCUAUGUACAAGUCUAUUGACCCGAGUACAGCUCUCGAAAAGAGCGCAUGGGGAGAGCGGUGGGAAGCGGAGGGCUCACCACCCAAAUUCACCAUCAAAGUCAAAGGCGAGGACUGGGAAUUUACAAAGGGCGCAGGGGCCGAUUGGCUUGAUAGCUCUGAGAAGAACGUCAAGAUCAAGGUGGUGGGCGUAUGGGAUACCGUCGGAAGUCUCGGAUACCCUGAUAAUGUAUGGGUUGAGACCAAGGAAAAGAACAAGCCCUAUGGCUUCCACAACACCGACAUCCAUUCGCGUAGGUGGAUCAUUCCAGCAAGCUAUGUCAAAACUGACGCGUAA